UGCUUGAACGUGCGGCUCCCGUCGGUCGACCUCGUAUCGAUAAGGUGUGUGUCUACAAGGAAGUGGCUUAGAAGCUGCUCCUCUCCUCCCCCUCCUCCUCCUCCCUUCCCCACCUCACCGACUACCAGCCAUCCAGCCAUGGCUCAGCUCCUCCCUCUUUCCUCCGCUGCUCCCAGCUUCCGUCUCGCCGCGACGCCAGGCAAUGGCGUCCCCCGGUUGUCCGUGACGUCGGCCCGCUCUGCUGCUCGUGUGAGCAGGAGGAGCAUGAGGCCCAAGUCCCUGAGCGUGAGGUGUGAGCAGGGGUCCAAGGGCGGCCCCGGGCUGGACGUGUGGCUCAGCCGCGGCGCCAUGCUCGCCUUCUUCGGGGCGGUCGGCGUGGAGCUCACCACCGGCAAAGGGGUGCUUCAGAACGUAGGGCUGAUGGCGCCGCUGCCGGCGUUGGCGCUGGGGCUCACCGGAGUGGUCGGGGUCGUCACCGCAUUUAUCAUCUUCCAGUCGGGAUCGUCGGAUUGAUCAAUCGCUCCAUGUUAAUUUGCGCUGAUGUGAGGAAGGAAAAAAAAAAUCUCGAGUUGUCUUUCUUGCUUCCCGAAGGCGUCUAUCAAUUACUCUCGUUCAGUGGCAGGCAUGGCACAUUUUGUAUUAGCAUCUAGCGUAUUAAGUGUUACUAUAACUUAAUAAUCGCCAUUCUAAAUUGUUGAUUUUUUGUAUUAUGUAUAAGAAAAAUUAUAACGCAGGGAAUUUUAACUGGGAUUAUUAGA